UUGGUGCCAUGAUCGGACCCGGCGACCGGUCUCGUGACAGAAAGGCGCGAUACAACGACGAUCGAGCGGAAGAUGAAAUUACAAACGGCCGCGAGAAACGUCGUGGCGAUUGAUCGUGGAAAGCGCUCGACGCACGCGAUUUACAUAGAGACACGUCGUCGCCCCUGGUAUGCCUCGAUAAUCGUUCGUACGGAAUACCGCGGCCGACGACUCGCGUCAAAAUGACGCGGAUGUAAUAGAAACCGUUUGGCAGCCGGGAGAGGAUUAAUCUUCAGAGCAGAGAGCAAAACCCGGGGUCCUACCGGUAGACAGGUGGCUUGUCAGUCAUCCCGCCGCGAAAUAGGAGCUCCUGCCGCGAUAGAGCCACGCGAUAGUAAAUCACAAGGUGGCGGGAUUUCGCGCGGCUGUCAGGCGGAAACGCCGCUCCAUUCCGCUUCGCUCCGCUCCGACUGACAACACCCUCUUCAGCACGUCACGCAGACGAGUUUUACGAAACGUAUCGCGCCCCGUGACGACGAGUUGGCGAGGAUUCGCCGCCGCCGCUGCCACUGCCACCGCCACGUUAUCUUUAUCGUCGUCAUUAGCCCGGAGCCAUCCGAGUCGACCACUCUGCUCGCUCGCUCGACGCGACUUUCGGUUGCCGUAAAUAACGCCACGCACUUUGGCGAGUAACGGCUGGCGAAAACCCGGCCGUGCGGUCCCCGGGUCGCGUGUACGUGUGUGCUACCACGGUGGAAUCCCGCUCGUAAUGACUCGUAAUUGCGCGGAGGAGGAGCCGACGUCGUGCUGGAACGAUUUAAGGGACACCUAGCAGCGCCACCCGCACCCUCCGUUUAUAAUGAUUAGGUGCACGCGACUACGGGGAUUACCUGGUUGAGGUGGAGGACCCCGAGGUGCCCCGAGACGCGAGGGUGGACGGAGACGGAGACGGUGAGGCUAACGUGAGGCUGAAAUCUGAAUACGUGGGUGGUUGAUCGCGACCCCCCGACAAACUCGUCCCUGGUACCUCGCGACCAAACGAUCCAACGGGCUGAUCGUUAGCACGCUCGAGCGCGGAUCGUCGACGUUUUUCGACGGUGUACUCGCCCGUUCGAGAGAUUCAAUUGGAAGGGCGUAAUGGACACGUCACCAACGUUAAGCAUCGGCGGCUCGAGGGCCAGGGCGGCCCUUUUGACCACCAGCGGCACCGGAACCGGCAGCACCGACAGACGGGUCGUCUUUUUAGCAAGUCAACCCUCGGUCGGCAGCAGUCACGAGACCAAGACCUGGCCUCACCAUUGGUCGCCGCACACGACCGGAAACAGUUACAAAUCGCCAGAGGAAUCGCCGCACACGGAGCACGGCAGACUGAGGAUGUCCAGGGGCCAAGGAGGGUGGUCGGACGAGCCCUGCACUUCUAGCAGUGCAGGUCGACGCGGUGGAGCACGGCAAACGGCGGGAUCGUCUUCGAGAACGGCAGCUUCCGUCUUGGAGGAGCGCGCUUCCGGUACCACGCCAUGUAAAAGUGGCUUCAGAUUAGGGGUCUACGGCUGGAGGAAAAAAUGUCUCUAUUCUCUCGUGUUAACCCUCAUGGUCAUCGUCAUUCUCAACCUCGCCCUCACCGUCUGGCUUCUCAAAGUCAUGGGAUUUAGUCCCGACGGUAUCGGCUCGCUAAAAGUGGUGCCUGGGGGAAUCGAGCUAAGAGGUCAAGCCGCCGUGUUAGACGCCCUCGUGGCCUCCAGCCUGAGAUCUCGGAGGGGCAAAAACUUGGUGCUGGAGUCAUGGAGUAAUUUUACGGCCUCGGCGAGAUCUCACGAUGGUCGGCUCCUCGCGCGAUUAACAGUCGGGGAGGACCGCGUCGACUGUGUGUCCAGAGGUUUCCGAAUAACCGAUCCACGGGGAGGCGUGCUGUUCUCCGCGGACAGGGAACAGGUUAUCGUGGGGGCGGAAAUGUUAAGGGUGACCGGCGACGGUGGUGCCGUUUUUCAAGGCAGCGUGCAGACCCCGCUGGUCAGAGGCGAAUCGGGACGCGGUCUCAAGCUCGAAUCGGCGACGAGGACCUUGAAGAUAAACGCUCCUGAGCAGGUGGUGAUCGAGUCCUGGGCGAACGAGAUUUCAGCCUCCUGUCUGACGGAUUUAAAACUGCAGAGCGUUCACGGGGCCAUCCGGCUCGACGCCAAGUCCGUCUACAUAAAGGGCUUGAAAACGGCGAUUCCGGUGCAAGGGCACUCGUCCAGGGAGCAACAGCAGCAGCAGCAGCAGCAGCAGCAGCAGCAGCAGCAGCAACAGCACUCCGGCAGAUCUUCGUCCGCGCAUCAGAGCCAGAAGGAGACCACCAUCUAUCAGUUGUGUGCGUGUGCGAGCGGCAAGCUCUUCCUCGCCAGGCCGGACGGCAGCUGUCAGGCCGACAAAUCGAUUUGCUAAUACAAUUACGCGGCUCGACUUUCCGGUGUAUCGCGAAAGCGCAGAUGAUUCGAUAGGAAUCGCGGGCGAGCUAUGUGACUUUGUCAGUGACGUUAGCGAUGAAGAGGAAAAAAAGAAAGAGCGAAAAAUGCAUUGUGAUCGGCCAUCAGCGCGAUCGGGGACGAGGCCUUCAUUGGAAACACUGCAAACGAUAUCAAAAACGAAUCCACCGCGCCAAAACGGGCAAGAAAGCCCCCCGGAGUGCAACGUGUCGGCGGAGGAAGAGUUAAAGAGAGAGAAAGAGAACUCGGUAAAUAGGUUUGAGGCUAAUUAAUUAUUCCCAGCACGCGCGCUAUUUUUCAAGGAACGCGGCGUAUGCACGAUACGCCUUCAAGUGCCGGGCGCCCUUCGAGAAUCUCUGGUUUUACUUAGGGCCUAAUCUGACGACCUGACGAGCGGCGUCGCGCCCCCUCCCCCCUCCCCAGUGCAUACAUGUCAAUUAAAUGGAAUUGCAUCGAGCGCUUUUCCUUUUUCCUUCCUUUCCUCCCUCCCGUAUUUUACAGUUCAGCGUCAGUCACGGUUAAUUGAGUUGUCGUAUAAGGGCACAAUCGGGCGUUGUUGCGGCUUCAAUCCCGCGCUUAAGGCACACGUCAAUCUUCCCUAGUCACGGUGCGAGCCAAUCUUCGCCCCGUGAAAUAUCCGACCGAUCCAACGGCGGCGGCGGCGACUGCGAGACGCGCGCAAAUAUAAACGCAUCGGGCGUUUCCCUCGCAGCGGGGAACGUACGAGCGUCGCGCGGGUACAAAGGGAAUUCUCGCGAGGUCUUGACCGGAAAAAUUCUCUCGAAUUCGCGGGCAUUCGAGGAAUUCUCUCUGAGGAAUAUUCUUCCCCGAGCGGCGUUCACCAAGAGGUCUUCCCUUUAACUUUUUCUCGCGCCAGCGCCCACCGGUCAAUGCGAUACGCGAGAGGGAAAGCGCGAGAUUCUCGCCAUCUUGUGUCGCAAAAGGCGUCUCGCGACGCGACAUUUCCUCGCCGGGGUGCUCGCCUGCUCCGGCGUUUCCCCGGAUCCGGCUCCAACUUGUAUACUUCUUCCCUCCCGGCGGGGUGACAUUUGUCGGGGGGCCUUGGAGAUAUCUAUCGGGGAUCCGAAGGGAAUCAGAUACGCGUGCUAAAACGUGUAUAACUGUGUGUACAUAGCACCGUCACCGAUGUUACUCCGUGACGCGCGAUGCCUGGACCGAAUUCUCAUCUCACGUUCGUCGUUAGAAGCGAUCGCGAGAUCCUAAAGGCCUGCGUCCACGAUGCUAGAAC